GCACUUCAGUGGAUCAUUGGCUGAGCAAAGAGGAUCAUCUCUUUUUGAGGACUAAUGCAGAUGGUAUCCAUCGCUCUCUGCAGUGAAAUGGAGAAAGAGCCAUGUUGUGAAGACCAGAAUGACCCCACAGUGGAGUCUACAGAACCUACAGAGGCAAGAGAGGACAUUUCUGAGUUUGCUGAAAGUACCUCUCUGAAUGAGUCGCCAUGUGGGCCUGCAGAGGAAGGUGGGGAAUCCUGCAGGACAGACCAAGAUGAAACUGAGAGCAAUUUAAUGGCUGAGAUAAAAAGCCCACCUGAUGCUGAGAAAGAGAUUCAAGAAACAAAAUGCAAGGAAGAGAAGAAACUGAGGAAAACAAACAGUUGGAAGAUGGUACGUUUCCAAGACCCGUCAACAGAAGAGGAUGUGUUGGAAAGAGACAGCUCGGCAGAGAUUCUCUUUCCAGAAUAUGCUGUGGAGGAGUGGACCUCCAAACCUUUUGAGGAGCUGUUUGUGGCAGAAGACUGGGAGAACAUCACAGAGGAUCAACUGCUGAGGAAGAAAGUGCUGGAAUUUGGAGACUUGCAAGUCCCACACUCCACCUGGGGUCAGGAGGUCGCUGUGAAGAUGCAAGGUGUCCUGGAAGACCGCACCGUGGUGGAGAAGGACUCCAACCUUGUCUUUGUGAUCGGAGACGGAGAUGUAAACCAGGCUCUGGAGGAGUGCGUCAUGUCCAUGCAGAAGGGUGAGAUCACAUUACUGCUGGCAGAUUCUCAGUAUGCCUAUGGGCUUUUGGGAAGGGAGCCUGAUAUUCCAGCCUGGGCUCCUUUACUCUACCAGCUGCAGCUGCUGGAGAUCAAAGAGAAACCAGACCCAUUAACUCUGCCCAUAACGGACCGCAUCCGCAUUGGCAACCAGAAACGAGAACGAGGAAACUUCCAUUUCCAAAGGGAGGAAUAUAGCAUGGCUGCCACAGCUUACCGUGUAGCCCUGGAGGUGCUGACCACACGCAGCUCAGACAGCAGUGAUGUUGGCAUGAAGGCCGAGGAGGAAGAGGUGCGGGAAUACCGGGUGAAGUGUUUGAACAAUCUGGCCACCACUCAGCUCAAACUAGAGCAGUUCGAUGAGGCGCUUCACACCAGCCGGGACGUCCUGACCCUCGAGCCAAACAACGUCAAGGCCCUCUUCAGGGCGGGGAAGCUGCUGUCAGACAAGGGUGAAUACAAAGAGGCCAUGGAGGUGCUAAAAAGGGCCUUGAAACUGGAGCCAGCUACCAAGGCCAUCCAUGCCGAGUUAUCCAAACUUGUCAAAAGGCAAUCGGGCUUCAAUGACACCCAGCAAUGGAGGGCCAAACCAGUGGAGAUGCUUGGAGAAAACAUCGCACCUUUCCUGAUUCCUACCAGAAAGAAGUCAUCUGGGAUUUCCUGGAAGUUCAUACUGGGAGCUCUGGUGGUGGCUUUGGGCAGCUUAGUGACGUCAGUUGUUCUGACAGCAAGAAACUGAACUCUUCAGAAAAAAGGAAAUAUGAUGUGCAGGAAGAUUUCAGGCUCUGUUUCGCUUUCAUCAGGGUUUCUCUGUGAAGGCAACAAAGCAGCACUGGAGCUUGAACUGGUAUUUGUGAGUUUCAGUGAAAGGUGGAGCGUAGAAAUGAGUGAACCAUCAUCACCAGCAGAGACUUUCUGCCGAUCGAUACGACAGAAGUUUCUAACAGUUGUCUCCUCAGGUCAGUCUUUUUUUAUUUGAUAAAAGGGAUUAUGUUUCUUGCUGUCUUGGAAAAGUUUCUGCUACAAAGAGGAUGUGGUACUUUUGUAAAGACUAACCAAACAGCAAACUUUAAGUUUAGCUUAUGAGAGAUUUUGAAUCAGUGCUGCAGCAAGUACAGAUGUUUAAACUGCAAUGAUGCUU